GUACAAGCAAAAUAUCCUUGGUUACCUUGCAACCCCAUUCCAAUUUACUAUAGUAACGUGUUUUCCAAAACAACAAUAUUCAAAUUAAGUAAAUAAACUUCAAUAAAAUAAAUAUCUGUAAACAGUAUCAAAAUUCGAAUAAUGCAUAAAAUUUGGAAAACCUAAUUUCGUUGUCAAUUAUGACAACAAAUAUCAAUAUUUUACCCCCCGAUACAAAUUUUGAAGAAAUAAAGAACAGUUUCGAAAUCAUUAUUAAAAAAAUUGAACACGAACUGGAUUCUAACAAAGAGGAACAAGCCAAACUAAAGGAACAAGUUCAGAAUGAAUUAGAAAAUAAUAAUCGCAUCAUUUCGAACAUCAAUAGUAUUCAACCGGCUUCAGCUAUAGUAAGCGAUCAGAAUUGUAAAACUGAACAUAAACAACUGACUGAUGAUGCAAUAACGAAUUUAUCGAAGCAAGUGGAACAUUUAAAAGAGGAACGAAGUACCAUUCGACAGCUAUGGAAAACUUCUCAAGAAACAAUUACGAAUCUAGAAGUUGAGAUUCAAAACUAUCGUAAGCAGCUUUUUAAACCAAGUGCUUUUGCAGAGAUAAAAUAUCAAUAUAGCACUGCCAUUAAAAAUCUUCAAAAUAUAAUCCAAAACCAAAAGAAUGAACUUGCCAAACAAUCCCAAAUUAUUCGUGAUCAAGACAAUGAAAAGAAUCAAGCAAAUAUUCGUAUAAAAGAAUUGCAAGCUAUAAUUCAAGAUCAAAAGAAUAAACUUUGUGAGAACCAACAAUUGGAACAAAUAAAUUCUAAUUUAAAGCACAAACUUCAAGAAGUUCUUCACACUAACUCCGAAUUAGAACUUUCGACGACUCUAGCUAAGGGAAUGGUUGAUGAGCGUUUCGUUCGAGAGAAGAAGGCAUUGGAGAAACUGCAGGAGGCUCUUCUCAUUGCCGAAACUGCCGUUGCCGAAAAAGAAGAAUCCAUUAAACGUGAACAGGUUAUUAAAGAAGAAUGUGAAACUUUAGCCUCCACAAUAGGCCAAGUAAUGGAAGAAGCAGCACGGAAAGUUGAAAAGGACGUUGUAUGUCUUCGAGCGCAAUAUGAAGAAAAGGAGAAGGCAUUAAUGAAAAAACACAAUGAGGUUUUACAAGAACUGGACAAACAAGUGCAGUCAAAACGAUUAGCCGAGGCUCGUUGUAAAGAAAUCGAAGCAAAACUUAACGAUGUACUUAGAGCGAACAACAGACUUGACAGUGAACUUCAAAUUGCAUCUCAAGCUAUAAUAGCAAUGGAACUUAAAUUAGAAGCAACUGAAAACCUGAUGAAAGCAGACAAGACCUCAGACAGGUUUUGUGAGGAGCGAGAACAACAGUUGAGACAAUAUAUAGAAAACAAUAAACAACUGAAAGAAAGAUGGAAAAACACAAUUGAAGAUGUGACAACAAAAUUUAGCAAUGAAAUUCAAAGACUUCAAAAAGAAAAUUCCAACCUCAAGGCAGAAAUCCAUGCCCAACGACUGAAAGUGGAUAAAACAAAUCAUUAAGACUUUUGUUACCUUUUGUUUUUGUUGUUUUAUUGAUUAAAAAAUAAAUAAAUCGCUUUUAAGAAGAA